AUGAAGACCACCGGUUACCUCGCUUUGGGCGCUGCCCUCGUCUCCUCCGCCUCUGCGGCCGGACUCGAGAAACCAGAAUUGGGAAAGAGAGUGCCAUAUAUCUUCAAGGACCUUGUCACUCACGAUGCCUUGUUGGCUAAAAUCAAGCUAAAGGACCUGGAAGACGGCAUCGGAAAGUUGCAGAGCUUUGCUGAUGCCAACGGCAAGACUCGUGUAUUCGGCGAGCCGGGCCACAAGGCCACCGUUGAUUACAUCUACAACGAGCUCAAGAAGACUGGUUACUACGAUGUGACCAAGCAGGAGCAACAGCACUUGUGGACUCGCUCCGACCAGUCCCUCACCAUCGAUGGUGCUGAGAUCAACUCCGCUGCCAUGACCUACAGCCCUUCUGGCAAGGUUGAGGGAGAGCUCGUCUUGGCUAACAACCUUGGCUGCGCAGCUGAGGAUUAUCCAGAAGGGACGAAGGGCAAAAUCGUCGUCGCUGAACGUGGUGAUUGCUCCUUCGCCGAUAAGAACAUGAUGGCGCACGCAGCCGGCGCUUCUGCCGCAAUCAUUUACAACAGUGUCCCCGGUGAACUCCGUGGCACCCUCGGCGGUGUUUAUGACAACACUGUCCCGGUCGUUGGCAUCUCUAGAGAGGAUGGUCUCGAGCUCGUCGACAAGUUGAAGGCAGGAACUGUCAGUGCUGAUUUGUUCGUUGAAUCCCGCAGAGAGAACCGGACAACCUGGAACGUCCUCGCCCAGACCAAGCGUGGCAACGCAAAGAACGUCAUCAUGCUCGGCGCCCACUCCGACUCCGUUGAUGCUGGUCCAGGUAUCAACGACAAUGGCUCUGGCUCCAUUGCCCUCCUCACCAUCGCCAAGGCCCUCACCAACUUCCGCGUCCACAACGCCGUCCGCUUCGGCUGGUGGACCGCCGAAGAAUUCGGCCUCCUCGGCUCCGAAUACUACGUCUCUCACCUCAGCAACUCCGAACUCGAGAAGAUCCGCCUCUACAUGAACUUUGACAUGGUCGGCUCGCCCAACUACGUUAACGGUAUCUACGACGGCGACGGCAACGCCCACAACCUCACCGGUCCCGCUGGCUCCGCCGAGAUCGAGCAUCUCUUCGAGAAGUACUUCGACGACCUCGGCUGGCCUCAUAUCCCCACCGCCUUCACCGGCCGCUCCGACUACGAUGCUUUCAUUCAGAAGAAGAUCCCAGCUGGCGGUCUCUUCACCGGUGCCGAAGUCGUCAAGACUGAGGAGCAGGCUAAACUCUUUGGCGGUGAGGCCGGCAAGUCCUUCGACCCCAACUACCACGCCGCUGGCGACACCGUCGACAACAUCCACAAGGGUGCCUUCUUGUUGAACACCCGUGGCGCUGCUUACGCUGCUGCUGAGUAUGCCCGAAGCACCAAGGCCCUCCCACCAAAGGAGGCCAUCCCCAACGCCAAGCGGGCUGAGACUAAGCUCAAGGGAUACGGUGGUGACCUUCUCGGCAUGUGCGAGCACAAGGCUUGCAACUACUAAACAACUUCUUUGUUUCCUUUCCUUUUCUUUAUUUUAACGCGCCCUCCGCAAAGUCACAAAUCUUUUAAUUGGAGCUGGUUUCAAUCUCCACCUCUCCAUGUUGGGAUCCGGAUAUAUAAGAAUUGUCCUUGAUUGAGAUUUCAACAGCUGGAACUUUUGUAGUUGGGUUGGGUCGCCGUCUUUUUGUUUAGACAGGCCCACUUCCGCCCCCCUUAUCCAGCGCUGUAUAUAAU